AAGCCUUAUUUUUUCGAAUUCUCAAGUCGUAACAGUUAUUUGUUUUGUUUAAAAUGAGUUUAAAAUAUUUGAUUUUAGUUGGAUUUGUUGCGCAAAUUUUUGCGCUUCCAUCAGGAAUAAAUGUUAAUCGAGAUUUGAGAAGAUUGCCUAGAACCGCCGAUCCUCAUCACCAUUUUUUUAAAAGGCAUCCGCCACUAGGAUUUGGUUAUGGUGGUGAGUAUGGCGGAUACGAAGGUGGAGGGGGUGGUUAUGAUCAUCCUGGACCACAAUCACAAUACGGGGGUCUUCCUGGAUAUGGAAAUAGCCCUGGAUAUGCGGGUGGCCUAAAUCAAGCUCAAGCUCAUGCUCAAGCCCAAGCGGUCAGUGGGAGUGGAUACGGAAAUGGAAAUGCUGGAGCUCAAGCUCAAGCCAGUUCACAAGCUCAUUCUCAAACAGCUCAAAUUGGAUUGGGUCCGUUGAGUCUAUCUUUUUCACAAGCACAAUCGCAAGCUCAAGCAAGCUCUAGUGCAGGAGGUGGCGGCGGUCAGUAUUAUAAAUAGGCAAUUAGAAAUUUUAGUUUUUAUCCCAAUAAACGAAGAAAUCAAUCCUCAAUCGACUGACUCGGCAAUUUUACUGUCAAUAGUCCUAAGGUUUUUCUUUUUGUACCUAUUUAUUAUUUUUUCCUUGUGUUGCAAACCUUACCCAGUAAAAUUAAGUAGGUUCGUGCUCAACCUGAAGGGCCAAGAGCCGUUAGUGAAGCUAAACUACUCAAGCGUCAUAAUUUCGGGCUUAUUGAAUUAUUAAUAAAUAUUGUUUUGUAAAAGUAGCUACAUUUUUGGAAUUCGAAGUUUUUGUAUUAAAUAAAUUCCUAUAAUUAUGAUUUGUCUGUUGAGAAUAAAAAAAAAUAUUUUUUUUUAUUGAUAA